AUGCCUUGGAAAAUUGAGGAAAUCAAGGACUUUCUGCUCGCAGCCCGAUGAAAGGAUGCCACAUCUGUCAAGAUCAAGAAAAAUAAGGACAAUGUGAAGUUUAAAGUUCAAUGCAACAGAUACCUUUACACCCUGGUCAUCACUGACAAAGAGAAGGCAGAGAAACUGAAGCAGUCCCUGCCCCCUGGUUUGGCAGUGAAGGAACUGAAAUGAGCCAGACACACUGAUUUGAACUGUAUUAAAAUACUAAAAAUCCC